CUUAAUUCUUCAAUCAUAUAUCUGCCAUUUCUCUUGAUCAAUUCCGCAACAUGACGGAAAUGGAAACUGAGCCUCGCUUACCUACCUGAACAUUGCUUGUUGGCCCCUGUUAAAGCAUGUCAAAUUUUUUGUGAUUUGCUUUCAGAAUUUUAGUGGACGCAGUUAAGAUGGAAAGAAAAAGGAGCUCUUCUCCGAAAAUGGGAUCCACAAACCAUGGCUCAUCUGGAAUUGAGUACGAUGUGUUCUUGAGUUUUCGAGGACCGGAUACUCGCGCUAACUUCACAGAUUUCCUCUAUCAUACCCUCCUGGCUAAGUGUAUCAAUGUUUUCAUAGACAAGCAAGGGAUUAACGUUGGUGAAGAGAUCAGUCCUGAGAUUUUUCAAGCCAUCAAUAACUCGAAAAUCUGCAUUCCCAUAUUCUCCAGAGAUUAUGCCUCUAGUAGCUGGUGCUUGCGUGAGCUAGAGCACAUAAUGCAGCGUAGGAAGACCAAAGAACUGGAGGUUAUGCCCAUUUUUUAUGACGUGGAGCCCUCUGACGUGAAGCUUGAAACUAGAGUGUAUGCGGAUGCACUAACUCUACAUCAAGAAAAACAUGGGGCUGAGAUUGUGCAACGCUGGGCGGAGGCGCUUCAGGAAGUUACUGUAAUCAAGGGAUGGGACACCAAGAACAGAGGCCAUGGAGAACUUGCACAUUUGAUUGCUCGGAAAGUGUUACUUAAGCUUAAGGUGUCUUGUGUUGAUAUAUCUGAUCAUUUAGUUGGAAUGGAUGAAUCAGUGAAUGAAGUAGUAAAUUUGCUGAAUGUUGAAUCCGAGGACGUAAGGCUCAUUGGUCUUUGGGGAAUGGGUGGUAUAGGUAAGACAACUCUUGCCAAGGUUGUCUACAGCAAGCUAUCUUGUAAUUUUGAUAGUUGCAGCUUCAUUUCAGAUAUCCGAGAAACAUCACAAGGUUCUGGUACGUUAGAUUUACUGACACUUUAG